UAUCAGAUUAAAUAAAUAGAGGACCACUUGGUCAUCAAGAGAACAAAGGCCGGGUGACCAAUCACCUGCCCCUCUGCGCCUUUCUGCGUUGUCAAAGUAGAUUCGGCUUCAUGGUCAACCUAUUACGCCUAGCCUACUUUAAAUCGCAUUUGUUUUUACGUCUCUUCCAGACUCUUGCACUGAUGUGACUGUGCCAGUUAUGUGUUUUGCAGACAAAGCUGGCUAUAAAUAGUGUUGUUCUCGGUAAUUAUAUUGUUUUCCUUUUGACAGACGUGCGGUGUGCACAUAAGUGCAAGCACUGUCGCCAUUGUAGAAAAUGUGGCCACGCGUCUGGGGGAUUGUUUAUUGUUAGUGUUUUCAUCCUGACGCUAUGACAACUCAACCGGCGCACCUGCUCCACGGUGAAGCUGUAUCACUGAAGCACGGUGCCACUUACGUCCUGCUCAGGUUUAUUCCGUUUCUUAAGUUGAUUCCGAUGUCGUGGCCAGAUGACACAUACGCUCAGACACAGCAGUUGUAUCCAGAUCCUCAAAAUGUGCAGAUAAUUCAGCAACCCAUUUCCCAGCAGCCCACCACUGUCUUACAGCAGAUUCCAUCAGCAGUGCCGUCUCCAGUGCCUGCCGUUCGCCCAGGACAUGUGAAGGAAGACCUGGUAGAGCUGAUGAUGAUCCAGAAUACUCAAAUGCACCAGGUCAUCAUGAACAACAUGACCAUGUCGGCUCUCAGUGCAUUCGGCUACUCCCAGACUGCACCUGGCCCAGAAACUCUUAGCCACCCAGUGAUUGUUGACGAUGAGGAUCCAGAGGUGUACCACCACCAUUAUCCACCUGCCUCAGUCCCCACCUACCCCGGAUGGAUGCCCCUGCCCCGAACCCACCCGCAGCCCACCAUUGUGUACCAGGAUCCAGUCAAGCACCAGGAACCCGGCCCUUCCUCCCGCAGGGACAGAAAGGCUGUCCCACCACCACCCCCACCCAGCGCCACUGGCACUGUGGGGGCUGAUGUCCCACCUGCUGCAGGUACCCAAUCACAGGCAUCCACUCCCUAACCUCCAGAUUUACACAGAUCAAUGGGCCUACUGAUAAGUACUAUGACGCAGAGAUGAGGCUCUGAAAAACAUGGACCUGAGGUCAAAGGUCACAGAUGACAGCACCUGCAGCUCUGGCAUUCAGGCAUGCCUGCCAGCGAUGAUGUCACUUCAUAGGACCUUUAGCAUACAUCAUUUGUAAUAUCAGCCAUGGAAAAGGAAAAAGUAUAUGUGAUUUAUGCAGUUAAGCUGUUUAAGUAUACCAGUGUUUUUUUUAAAACAGAUGAACAGUAAAACACACUGUUUCCCUCUUUACAGUGGUAAUGUGGUGUCUGCAUCAUUGUAUUUUUUAUGAUAACAUGGUAAGAUUUUUUACUGCAGUAAAAAUGGCACUUGGAUUUUUGGAA